AUGUCCUACUACCCUACCCCCCAGCUCACCUACCGUCCCCGCGCCUACUCCGCCUCCUACUCUCCCCCCAUGGCCCCAGGCCCGAUCGUCUACACCUCCUCCCACCACUCUUCGCCAGGGCGCCGCACCACAUACAUCCCGGCUGCCCCUGCGUACGCACCCGCCGCGCCUCAGUACUUGGCCCCCACCUACCGCCAGCACCCCUCCCCUCACCAUGGCCACACGCGCAACCACUCGGGCGGCAGCGGCGGCUACCCGUCUUCUCCAACGCACCAUCGCACCCACCACGAAUCGACGACGACGACGCACCGCAGCCCGCACCGCAGCCACACCACAACCACCCGCCAGCGCUCCUCCUCCGUCCAUGCCCCGCGCGCACCUCCGCCGCGCUCGCGCUCGGUCCCGCGCAGCUCCUCGCGCGUCCGCGUCGCCGAGCCAGACUCCCACCAUCACCGCCGCAGCUCGUCUCGCCCCCGCGAGACCGUCCCGAUCCUGCGCACGACCUCGCACACGCCCCGCCCCCCCUCGGCGACCGCAUCCGCCGUAUUCGGCCUGGGCCGCGACCGCCACGUCGAGUUCAUAGACCCGCGCACCGGCCGCUACCCCGUCGACCGCCGCGGCCGCCCCAUCUACGCCGUGUGA